GGCCGCGCCGAAGACUGGGCCGAGACCUACUCGAAGGGGCCGGGGGCGCUGCGGCCCGUGGUCACGCGCGAGGGGCGGUCGUUCCUCGGCUGCGGGGGCUUCCCGCGCUGUCAGCACCGGCGCGCGCCCGAGCCCCGCGAACGCGAGAACUUCCCUGAGCGC